UACUCCCAGGACGCCCGUCAUCGGCGGGUGGGUACUGGCUUCAGCUCGACUGGCCGCCGUACUGUCAUGGGGUACUGGGUACCACUGGCCAUGACCGUCGGUAUCGCGGCAAUUGGUGUUGCAGCCUGGGUCUGGAGCGAACGCAAUGAGGCAGAUGACGAUGAUGAACAUGAUCACCAUCACCCUCAAGAUAGUGGUCAGGUCCCUCAAGGCCCUCCUGGUGGCGUGUCGUUCCCUCCGGGAGAGUUCCAAGGGGAAUACGCGCGAUCAACAGGUGCAGAUAUUCCCGGCCAUCCUCAGGAUGAUGUUAGUAUGGUGGCUCGAAUGCAGGAAGCAUUACGACGCACACCUAGUCCCCAACAAAUCUUCGAUGGAGCUAGUAAGAGGGUCGCAGCUGGUAUGGCAGCGGCCGGCGCUUUCGUAGGAGGCGCUCUGACAUCAAUACGAGAAGAAAAUAGAGGUGACUUCGAAGACCAUUCCCGAUGGUCCGAGGAAGUGGAAUCGAGAGCCCAACAAAGGGACCUUUCCAAUCCAAACGCCGUCCCCUCUGCCGUUGGCGCUCCGCCCGCCCGGGGACCUGUUGGUGGACCGGCUGCAGUUGACAAGAAGAAAACGGUGGUGAUAGUGGUUUCAUCAGAAUCUUCUCAUCUUCAUACCGAAGAACUGACCUCUGACCAUGUGUCUAUCCUUUCGCAUCUUCCCGAGCACAUCAACCCGGAUACUGCUGAAAUUUUUGUCUUGAUCUACGCCCCAGGCUUGAAACAUGCUACCAAUCAGGGUAGCCCCUCCCAUCCGCUUUCCGUCACCUCCUCCUACUCAAAUAUUGCGCCCGAAGACGCUACGCCCUCCGUUGAAGCAACUACUGGCGACCUAUCUACCUUACAACCUCGUCCGACUGAUGAGCCGGAGGGCGCGACUCCCCUCUUCAACACCCUAUAUACUCAGGCGCAAGCUAUUGUUGACAAGGAAAAUACAAUUAUGCCCUUCAGUACCCUCACGGGUUAUGUGCAUCUUGUUCGCCACCUCUCCGCGGAUACUGUUUAUGUCCAAGAGUCCUUGGCUGGCCAGGAUGGAAGCGCAGUGCACCAUAUCGCCGGUUGGGUCAGACAAGUUGUAGUUGUGGUCGGUGAUGAUGGCGGGCGGGGCGGCCUGAUUGACAGCGACGACGAAUCUGCGCUCGCAGGCCAGGAAGAUAAAUGGUGGCAAAAGGAGGGCAUCACUGGUAUUGGUAAGCGUAUUGAUGUUGUUGAUGUACUUCGUGUAGGAGACGACUGGCGACGAAGGAUCAGCGGUCAUGACUAG